CCGCCUCGCGCGGGGGGACCAUCUGCUGGCAUUUCCUGCAGCCCGGCCCGCGCCGCCAGCGGAGCCCCCGCGCGCCCGGCCGGCCCGGAGCACCCAGCCCGCCGCACGAAGCCCCCGAGCGCCCACGGCAUGAAGGAGGAGGCCUUCCUCCGGCGCCGCUUCUCUCUGUGCCCACCUUCCUCCACCCCGCAGAAAGUCGAUCCUCGGAAGCUCACUCGGAAUCUGCUCCUCGGCGGAGACAAUGAGCUCGACUCCCUCAGCCCAGGGAAGGACAUGGACCCCAACGGCCUGUCGCUGCUCAGGGAUGAAGGGCCCCCAACCCCAAGCUCCGCCACGAAGGUGCCACCGGCAGAGUACAGGCUGUGCAACGGGUCACACAAGGAGUGUGUGUCCCCCACUGCCAGAGUCACCAAGAAGGAGACUCUCAAGGCACAGAAGGAGAACUACCGGCAGGAGAAGAAGCGUGCCACGCGGCAGCUGCUCAGCGCCCUGACGGACCCCAGCGUGGUCAUCAUGGCCGACAGUCUGAAGAUCCGCGGCACCCUGAAGAGCUGGACCAAGCUGUGGUGCGUGCUGAAGCCGGGGGUGCUGCUCAUCUACAAGACGCCCAAGGUGGGCCAGUGGGUGGGCACGGUGCUGCUGCACUGCUGUGAGCUCAUCGAGCGCCCCUCCAAGAAAGACGGCUUCUGCUUCAAGCUCUUCCACCCGCUGGACCAGUCUGUCUGGGCCGUGAAGGGCCCCAAAGGUGAGAGCGUGGGCUCCAUCACACAGCCCCUGCCCAGCAGCUACCUGAUCUUCAGGGCCGCCUCCGAGUCAGAUGGCCGCUGCUGGCUGGACGCCCUGGAGCUGGCCCUGCGCUGCUCUAGCCUGCUGAGACUGGGCACCUGCAAGCCGGGCCGUGACGGGGAGCCGGGCACGUCGCCAGACGCAUCACCCUCAUCGCUGUGCGGGCUGCCAGCCUCGGCCACCGUCCACCCUGACCAAGACCUGUUCCCACCGAACGGGUCUUCCCUGGAGAACGAUGCAUUCUCAGACAAGUCGGAGAGAGAGAACCCUGAGGAGUCAGAUGCCGAGACCCAGGACCACAGCCGGAAGAACGAGAGCGGCAGCGACCAGUCGGAGACCCCCGGGGCCCCGGCACAGAGAGGGAGCACCUAUGUACAGCAGGCCCAGGAGGAGCUGGAGGAGCUGGGCGAGGCGUCCCAGGUGGAGACGGUGUCGGAGGAAAACAAGAGUCUGAUGUGGACGCUGCUGAAGCAGCUGCGGCCGGGCAUGGACCUGUCCCGCGUGGUGCUGCCCACCUUCGUCCUGGAGCCGCGCUCCUUCCUGAACAAGCUCUCCGACUACUACUACCACGCAGACCUGCUCUCCAGGGCCGCGGUGGAGGAGAACGCCUACAGCCGCAUGAAGCUGGUGCUGCAGUGGUACCUGUCUGGCUUCUACAAGAAGCCCAAGGGAAUCAAGAAGCCCUACAACCCCAUCCUGGGGGAGACCUUCCGCUGCUGCUGGUUCCACCCCCAGACUGACAGCCGCACGUUCUACAUAGCAGAGCAGGUGUCCCACCACCCGCCCGUGUCUGCCUUCCACGUCAGCAACCGGAAGGAUGGCUUCUGCAUCAGUGGCAGCAUCACAGCCAAGUCCAGGUUCUACGGGAACUCGCUGUCAGCUCUGCUGGAUGGCAAAGCCACGCUCACCUUCCUGAACCGAGCAGAGGAUUACACCCUCACCAUGCCGUACGCCCACUGCAAAGGACUCCUGUAUGGCACGAUGACCCUGGAGCUGGGUGGGAAGGUCACCAUCGAGUGCGCCAAGAACAACUUCCAAGCCGAGCUGGAAUUCAAACUCAAGCCCUUCUUCGGGGGCAGCACCAGCAUCAACCAGAUCUCGGGAAAGAUCACGUCGGGAGAGGAAGUCCUGGCGAGCCUCAGUGGCCACUGGGAUAGGGACGUGUUUAUCAAGGAGGAGGGGAGUGGAAGCAUCGCGCUUUUCUGGACCCCGAGCGGGGAGGUUCGCAGGCAGAGGCUGAGGCAGCACACGGUGCCACUGGAGCAGCAGACAGAGCUGGAGUCUGAGAGGCUCUGGCAGCACGUCACCAAGGCCAUCGGCAGUGGCGACCAGCACAGGGCCACGCAGGAGAAGUUUGCCCUGGAGGAGGCGCAGCGGCGGCGGGCCCGCGAGCGGCAGGAGAGCCUCACACCCUGGAAGCCGCAGCUGUUCCACCUGGACCCCGUCACCCAGGAGUGGCGCUACCGCCAUGAGGACCGCAGCCCAUGGGACCCCCUGAAGGACAUCGCCCAGUUUGAGCAAGACGGGAUCCUGCGGACCCUGCGGCAGGAGGCUGUGGCCCGCCAGACCACCUUCCUGGGCAGCCCGGGGCCCAGGCACGAGAGGUCUGGCCCGGACCAGCGGCUUCGCAAGGCCAGCGACCAGCCCUCCGGCCACAGCCAGGCCACAGAGAGCAGUGGGUCCACGCCAGAGUCCUGCCCAGAGCUCUCGGACGAGGAGCAGGAUGGUGACUUCGUCCCUGGCAGCGAGAGCCCCUGCCCUCGGUGCAGGAAGGAGGCGCGGCGGCUGCAGGCCGUGCACGAGGCCGUCAUCUCCGUCCGAGACGGCCAGCAGGAGCUGCACAGGCACCUCUCGUUCAUGCUGAGCUCCAUGGCACAAGCAGCACAGGGACCAGCCCCUGGCCUCCUGCAGAGCCCGCGAUCCUGGUUCCUGCUCUGCGUGUUCCUGGCAUGUCAGCUGUUCAUUAACCACAUCCUCAAAUAGGAGCCGUGGGAGCAGCUCCUGGCCAGCCCCAAGCCCUCCCUCCCAGGCACCCAGCACUUUAAGCCGGCUCCGUGGAGGCACAAAGGUCCAGCAAGCACAUCCACUGUGAUGGGAGGCCCAGGCACAGGAGAGGCCUGGGGCCAUAAGGGCACUGCGGCCCGGGCGUGCUGGGCACCUCUCGUGGGGGCGCUGGCCUGUCUGCAGGGCCUUCUGCUCAGCACCAGCCUUAAUGCUAAAGCCAAAUGCAGCUUCUGCUGUGUGACUCCCUCCUGGCCAUCUUGUCUCGCCAACCCAGUGCAGAGGAUGGAUGGAUUUAGGGUGGGAGGGCCUGUCAGGGCUCUGGACAGUCACAGCCCAGCAGCAGUGGGUGGGCAGGUUUGGAAGAGCAGCCAUGGAAUCCCAAGUGGCCCAGGAGCACCCCUCAUGCACAGAUGCACAGGCCUGCCUUCCUGACACCCUGCCCACAAAGCCGGGGCCCUCCCGGUGGGGCCACUGGUGGGUGGUGGGCACAGGUGAGGGCCGCUCUGGGGAGGGCAUUUUGGUUUUUUAUUUCACCAUGUGCUGUUUGGAUGGGAGCCCCACAGAGGCAGGUCCUGGAACCACCCCACCGCCACACCUGGACGAUGGCUCCAGUGGGGAAAGCGCAGGUGGAGGUGGGGGUGGGUGCAGGUGUGGGGGCGGUGCAGGGGUGUGGCUUAGCUGGCCCUGCACCCAGGUCAGGGAGGCUCAACUUCGCCACUUUACUCAGACCGAUGCACAGUCUUCCCAUUUUACACUUUUUUAAUAAACGUAAUUGCAAUAUUGGAGGCGAGGUGCAAGCCACAGUCAGCCUCUGCGUCUGGCCUCA